GCGGCGAGCCGACCGGCGGUGAAGAUGACUGUGUUCUUUAAAACGCUUCGAAGUCACUGGAAGAAAACCACGGCUGGAGUCUGCCUGCUGACAUGGGGAAGCCAUUGGCUUGAUAACCUGCUGCGGAGAGCGGCCUGUCAGGAAGCUCAGGUGUUUGGCAAUCAACUCAUCCCUCCCAACGCGCAGGUGAAGAGGGCAACCGUCUUCCUCAACCCCGCCGCUUGCAAAGGCAAAGCACGGACUCUGUUUGAAAAAAACGCUGCCCCGAUCUUGCACUUGUCCGGCAUGGAUGUGACCGUCGUCAAGACAGAUUAUGAGGGCCAGGCCAAGAAACUGCUGGAGCUGAUGGAGAACACGGACGUGAUCAUUGUGGCCGGAGGCGACGGGACGUUGCAGGAGGUUAUUACUGGAGUUCUUCGGAGAGCAGAUGAGGCCACCUUCAGUAAGAUCCCCAUCGGCUUCAUCCCGCUGGGGCAGACCAGCAGUUUGAGCCCGACCCUCUUCGCCGAGAGUGGAAACAGAGUCCAACGUAUUACCGACGCCACACUUGCCAUUGUGCGAGGAGAGACGGUCCCACUUGAUGUCCUGCAGAUCAAGGGCGAGAAGGAGCAGCCCGUGUUUGCGAUGACCGGCCUCCGGUGGGGGUCCUUCCGAGAUGCUGGCGUCCAAGUUAGCAAGUACUGGUACCUCGGGCCUCUGAAAACCAAAGCGGCUCACUUCUUCAGCACUCUGCAGGAGUGGCCUCAGACGCAUCAAGCCUCCCUCUCGUACACGGGACCUAAAGCCAGACCUCCCAGCGUCGCCGACGAGACCCCCCCGCGGCCCUCUCUGUACCGGAGGAUCCUGCGCAGGCUCGUGUCGUACUGGGCACAGCCGCAGGACGCCCUCUCCCAGGAGGCGAGCCCCGAGGUCUGGAGGGACGUGCAGCUGUCCACCAUCGAGCUGUCCAUCACAACACGGAACAGCCAGCUCGACCUGACCAGCACAGAAGACUUUAUGAAUAUCUGCAUCGAACCCGACAAUGUCAGCAAAGGAGACUUCAUAAGUAUAGGAAGCAAAAAGGUGCGAGACCCCAAGCUGCGCGCCGAGGGCACCGAGUGUCUCCAAGCCAGCCAGUGCGCCCUGCUGCUGCCCGAGGGCACCGGGGGCUCCUUCAGCAUCGACAGUGAGGAGUACGAGGCGAUGCCCGUGGAGGUGAAGCUGCUGCCCCGGAAGCUGCAGUUCUUCUGUGACCCUAGGAAGAGAGAGCAGCUGACGCCCAGCUCCGCUGAGUGAGCGCCCGGGGAGGGGCACCCGAGACCAUGCUCGAGGCCACCGUGGGACCAAAGGGAACAGACCGGACGCCUCACCCGUCCCCACAGGGCAGUGGCUUCCCCUUCGCGCAUGCUCUGACUUCCGUGAGGCAGCUGCUCCCUGCUCAGGCUAGUUCAAGGGCGUUCUCUCUCACAGCGGAUGGGGAAGGGCUAGACCUCGUCUCCCGCACACGCAGCCGCUGGGGCACGCGGGACCCUAGCCUCGCCCCUCCGUCCCUGUCUGUUCCCCACGGGUGCUGCUGCUUGGUGAGCUCUGACUCUUUCUUAGCUUGUUUCCGUUCGAGCCUCAGUCCAAACAAAAGUGUGGGUGAGGUGUUUCCCUCUUCAGCCAUGGCUGAAAUUCUGUCAACUCCUAGUUUGUUCGAGUAGCGGUCCUUAAGUGUUGGUUUGCAUGCUGAACCAUCCAGGGUGCCUGUUGAGAACUGCGGGACUCGGGGUCCAGCCCAAACCUAAACAACUCAGUCCAGGUGGAGCCCGGCAACCUUCAUCUUCCCCGCAAAGCAGCCGCGCUCCCCAGGCGACUGCUGCGGGCCCCGCCUCACCAGACGGCAGGGGCGAGAGGGGGGCUUCCUGGGGUCUUCUGGAAACCGCGCGCCCCGUCACGCUUUAGAGCCGGCGUCCGAAAUCUGUCGAGGGAGUCAGCGCUGUCCAAGCAUGUGCGUCCUGCUGUCCUGUAAAUACUAUUUUAAAAUAAAAACUGAUUCACUCUUUUAAACAUACUCAGUGUAAUUUAAACACACAGCAAUUUGACAUCACCCAUGUACCAAAAAAUAAACACGUUCUUCAGUAGUUGAACAUUUUAAACGGACUUUCCUCCUCGUAUGUUUCCGCACCCCCUUCAGCGGAGAAUGCCAUCGUGGUGCAGGCUGUUUUCACGCGUAAAACUGUGUAGUUCUGUGCUGACUGUGGAACAUUACGGCACUGUUCUCAUCAGUUGUGUGUCAGUAAUCACAAGGUUUGGGUAAUUAAACGUUAACUGUGUUAGAAUGUUCUUCAUCCUCCUUAGUUCAUCUGCGCAAGAGCACGUGACCGUUGCAGCCAGGUGCCGCAGAACCCGACGCUGCGCUCCCGGUCCCGCGGUCGGUGGGCGUGCGCACGGGACGGGACGGAAGGAGUUCCCUUGCGGCAGUGUCUGCGGCUCUGUGAAUCCUUCGGAGUUAACUGUCAAAAAAUCGGCGAUCUCAAAAAUUAUUAAUAAUGAUCCCUCAACAGCCUGAUUACACCUUCCCUUAGGUUGUCGAAAGCCCGGAACCUGAAACCGCCGGCCAGCCGGUCUCGGUCAGGGUUCACUCCUCACCCCGCCAGCGCCAGUCCCUCAGUGUGGGGCCCGUGGGGUGUCUUGCGCUAGAGGGGCGAGCACACGGUGGUCGGAUGGGCGGGACAGACGCCUCUCUGAAGAGGCAGGGACGGUGCGAGGGGGCUGGCCGGCCAUGGCUCCGGGCUCGGCUCGGCAGGUUGGCGCUAGGGCAGUAAGGUACGCCUGCGCCCACCAGCCGCUGGCAGAGUGCCGACCGCCGCCUACAGGGUCACAGAGCAGCUACGGAACGCCCGCGUGUGAGCUGCACGGAGACCGGGCUUACCUGUGUCGUCUUCGGAGCGGCAUUGGAGGCCACGCUUCUGCCAAAAAAAAAAAAAAAAAAAAGGAAUAAGCAGGUCCAAGCACACGGUGUGAGGGUCGCCCACUCCACACCGCCCACGGAGCGGGGAGGGGACGCGGCGGUCUGGGAAAAGUUUCCACGUGAGCCGAGCCCAGAGGA